AUGCCUUCACUGCGCUUCCCUUUCAUCUUCUCUAACCCCAAACCUCCUCAAUCCCCACGUCCAUUCUCCAAAUUCGCCGCCGCAGCUGCCACCGCCGGAGCCGCCGCCGCAUUCGUCGCCGUCUCCUCCAAUGACCGCCACCGCCUCUUUCUCCACAAUGCAUUGAAUUCGUUCUUAUCUCCGGACAAUUCCUUGCCUCUUUGGGGCUCCCUCAGUUUAGCAGACAGUGGGGUUCCAGUUGUGGACUCCAAGACCGGAUCCUCGUUCCCUUCGAUUCUAGAAGCUUCGCAGAAACUAUGCGGAAUUGGAUUGCGGAGGAAAUGCGUUUUAGGUUUAAAGAACAUUGAUGUAUAUGCAUUUGGUGUUUAUGCUGAUGAUGAUGAAAUAAAGAAAUGUCUUUCUGAGAAGUAUGGGAAAUUUUCGGCGUCUGAGUUAAAGGGCAAUAAGGAGUUUACCGAAGAUCUUCUGGAGAAUGAUAUACAUAUGACAGUAAGGCUUCAAAUUGUUUAUGGGAAAUUGAGUAUUCGUUCGGUGCGUAGUGCAUUUGAAGAGUCUGUUGGAAGCAGACUGAUAAAAUAUGGGGGACCAGACAAUAAAGAAUUGCUUCAGAGGUUUACUUCACAGUUUAGUGAUGAAAUCAAAAUACCUCGUGGGUCUGUAAUUCAUCUCGUAAGAGAGAAGGGCCAUGUUCUUCGUACCACAAUUGACGGAAAGGAAGUGGGAAGCAUCCAGAGUAAACUUCUAUGUAGAUCAGUCCUAGAUUUAUAUGUUGGCGAGGAAUCGUUUGAUAAACAGGCCAAAGAAGAGAUAGAGCUCAAUAUGGCUUCUUACCUCCAAAGUUAG